AAUCCGAGCAGCGCUGUCACUGUUAUGGUCCUGUCAGGGCGCCGGCGUCGUGGUGUUUGGGCCGUCGCCACGGCGGAGACUUUGCUGGGGCCUCCUCGGGGCGCUGCGCUCGUCCCGGGCUCGCUUCCGGCCUGCGCUUCCCGGCUCGCGGGCUGCAGCGUAGGGCGCCGGUGCGGGUCGGCGCCGCGGCCGCCUUGGGGCCUGGGCCCAGCCGCAGCCUCCUCCACCGCCGCCGGCUCCCAGCGGCCGCGAGAUGCAGCCGCCGGGCCCGCCCCCGGCCUAUUCCCCCACCAACGGGGACUUCACCUUUGUCUCCUCAGCAGACGCGGAAGACCUCAGUGGUUCAAUAGCAGCCCCAGAUGUCAAAUUAAACCUUGGGGGAGAUUUUAUUAAAGAAUCUACAGCCACUACAUUUCUGAGACAAAGAGGAUAUGGAUGGCUUUUGGAAGUUGAAGAUGAUGAUCCAGAAGAUAACAAGCCACUCUUGGAAGAAUUGGAUAUCGAUCUGAAGGAUAUUUACUACAAAAUCCGAUGUGUUUUGAUGCCAAUGCCAUCACUUGGUUUUAAUAGACAAGUGGUGAGAGACAAUCCUGACUUUUGGGGUCCUCUGGCUGUUGUCCUUUUCUUUUCCAUGAUAUCAUUAUAUGGACAGUUUAGGGUGGUAUCAUGGAUUAUAACUAUUUGGAUAUUUGGUUCACUAACUAUUUUCUUACUGGCCAGAGUUCUUGGUGGAGAGGUUGCAUAUGGCCAAGUUCUUGGAGUUAUAGGAUAUUCAUUACUUCCUCUCAUUGUAAUAGCCCCUAUACUUUUGGUGGUUGGAUCAUUUGAAGUGGUGUCUACACUUAUAAAACUGUUUGGUGUUUUUUGGGCUGCCUACAGUGCUGCUUCAUUGUUAGUGGGUGAAGAAUUCAAGACCAAAAAGCCUCUCCUGAUUUAUCCAAUCUUUUUAUUAUACAUUUAUUUUUUGUCCUUAUAUACUGGAGUAUGAUCUAAGUCACAUGUGAGUAGAAAAAGACAAUGUUACCUUUGCGUGAAGGUUGGGAAUUCUUGCUGAAGGGAUUGAAGAAAAGCUGUUGCUGAUAAAAUUUUACAUGUUCCAGAUAUAAAGACAGGUUUAAGGCUUUUUUAAAACAAUAUUUUGUUUUUGGAUUUAAUUAAGCAAUUGCCGUUAUCUGGAUUUUUUUUUAUCAGAAUUCUAAAUUCUGUUUGAUUCUUCAUAUUCCAGUCAAUAAAAUAUAAAAGCAUUGUGUUUUUAAGAUUGUGUUGCUAUUCUCCUAAAAAUUUGUGCCCAAAGCACCUGGAAUGGUAAUUACACUUCACUUAAAGGGUAAAUAUGACAACAUCCUGAUAAUCUAAAAGUGCAAUUUUUUUCUUUAAAGGAUUUCUCUUCACUGUAGAUCCUGUAGAUUUAUAUUUAUAUUUAUACAUAUAUAUUUAUGAAAUAAUUCUUAUUAACAAAAUAUAUUUCUGAAUAGCGAAAAAUGAAGAUAUUUUAAAUCUGAUGCUUAAAAUUUUUUCAAUUCGGCCAUUAAUCUUUUUAUUUAUAAAUUUAAAUUUGUUUUUUAAUUAAUUUUAAAAUCUUAUACAUGUUUCAGUAUGUCCUUGUUAAAAUUCUUAAUAAUAACAACUAAAACUAAUUUUAACAUAUGUUGAUAUAGAUUUGGUUUGUUUGGGUGUUUUAAAAAACCAUUUUUAAUAUCUAUACAUUAAAAGUUUCUGUUUAUCUUUCUGACCAAAGGAGCAAAAGGUAUAAUGAAUAUGACAUUCAUUAAAAUUAUUAAUAUGUAGAAAAGCAGUAAUAUUUAUAGCAUCAGUAAAUAUUUUUAAGUGGUAUUCCUAAGUCAUAAAAGUCGCUUGAAAGAGACCUUUAAAAUCUUGUGGUCCUAAACAAUGUUACAUGAAGUAGAAAAAAAUAAAGUGCUUCCUAGCUGUUUGUUUUGUGUUAUAACACCUUGUCCUGUAUUACUUGAUAUUUUAACAAGUAUCAGGCACUCUAACAGAUGUACAAUAUUUCCUAAGGGAAAUAGUAAGAAAUUUUAGCUAGUGAAAUUUUUGUUGCAAAUAACUUCAUAGACUUUAUAUCUACCUUUAAUUAAUAUUACCUUGUAAAGUAGAUAAAAUAUUUAUGUUCAUAAAAUAGCAAAUGCCUAACUAUUAACAAAUGUAUUAUUUGUUCUGUUCUGAGCUGGAAGAGUUAACUGCUGCCCUCAAUAUGAUAACAUGGCCACCUCUUGGUAUGUUUUCCUUCAGCGAUCUUUUCCAUCAGGAAAUACCCAGCAAUUCUGAACUAGCCUGUAAAUUAGCAAGAUAUCAAGCCCAUCUCUCUUCCUUUUACCCUCUCCCCCUUGAAAAAAGAAAGAAAAAAACUUACUUUGGGCUGCAGGAAGAGUGAGUCUCUACCUUUGAACCAGAAUAAUGUGCUGAUACUUUAAACAAGUUUAAGAAAACAGAUUGGAAGCACCAGAGGGAUGGAACUUCUGGAACCUAAAUAAUAUGUUGUGAGGAAGGAUCUAUAGCUACAGAAGCAGUAACUGUAAAGUAAAUAUUUGUCAUACUGAAGGAAUUCCUGAGGAUCAAUACAUUGUUACAGUGAAUUAUUAUAUUUGAUGUCCAUAUUCUUGACCCUGGAAUCUUUUCCUAAAAGCUUGAGGAUCCAUACUAGGGGAUAGAAUUUCACUAAGCAAUAAGUCAGGGUACUUUAGGACAAAGUACAUAAAAACAAAAAGGUUUAAUAUUUUUAAGCUAUCAUGUUUAUUUAUAAUGAUGUGAGAUAAAAUGAGGUAUUUGUGUUCUAAAAAGGUUUUAAGAAUAACUCAUAUAAUCUUGUAAAUUGCCCUGUUUGGGGUAUAUAUAAAUACAGUUUUAAUGUUUCAAGCUCAGCCAACAUCUUCAUAUGUUAAUGAGCAAAGCAGUUAAAUCACAUUGUCAGUUUGAAAACAUGAUUUCUAAAUGUGUACAAAAUACAGUACUGCUACAACUAAUAAUGAUAAGUUGACCAUAACAAUGUUCUCUCCUUGAAUUUUUCUAUAGUGUUUUCUAAGUCAUAUUGAUUUUAAAUCAUGAUUUCCAACCUAAUUAUUUAGUUCAUUAGUAUUUCUAGAACAGAAAUAGCCAAUAGUCUCUUCUAGUGUGUUUUAAGUAUUAACAGCUAUAGUAAUCCUGAUGAAUGUUAGUCCUCAAAACAAUUAUGAGGCAUAUUUACUUCUGUUUCAAAUUGAUUGUAAAAUAAUUGAAAUUUUUAUUAAAAAUCAAAGUCUAUAUAUAAUUUUCAUUGUAUUAAACAUUGUUUAGGAAGAUUUGUAAAGUUUUAUGAACCAUUUCUUAUCCCUAAGGUCUUAUAAAACAGUUUUAUAUGUAAUAAUGUAUCUUUCCAAAAAUUCCCCAAAUGUUAAUAUGCUAGUACAGAGUUCUAAAUGAGUGAAAUUUGCAUUGACUUAAAAUGAGGUAGAUAUUUUUGUUUAAAUAAUGUUUAAAAUUUAGUCAGUUUCUUUUAAAAUUUGAUGUAAUAAAAUGAAUAAAAUAAUGCUUCUUCAAACUAAUAAAAAUAUUUUUCAUAUUUAGCAAAACUAAUAGAAUAUUUUAAAAUGAUUAUUACUUAUCUUUUAUAUUUUUAUUAAGGCAUAUUUAGUUAUUUUUAGACUUCAGGGAAUUGUGACAUGUUUGUUUUGCCGUUUUGUUUGUUUCUUUUUGUAUGUGUCACAUGUUUGUUAAAAUAUCUUCCAUACAGUUCUCUCUUUUUUUGGUAUUUGAACAAGUUGCAACAAAGGAGAACAACACUCAGGAUGUGGAGCCAUAGAUUGUCUCAUAGUGUUGAAAAUGACCUAUUACAGGAUUUAGGCUUGUGUUAAUAUAAUUCUUUCCGAUUGCAUGGCAUGGCAGUCUGAAGUAGGUCUUAACAGAGCUAAAAAUCGCCCUCAGAACUCUCUGCUCUGAUAUUUUAGUCACAUAAACAAAAUAAUGGUAUUUUAUUAUCCUUUUUCAUAGAUGGUUUCUAUAGUUAAACCCUUGUAUUAUAUCUUUGUACUACAUCUUAAUUUCCCAUUAGAAACUGAUUUACAAGAGCUCUUUUCCUCGUGUGUAUCAUUUCCUGGCAGUAGUUUGUGUGUUUGAGAAUCUGUUGCCACUUUUUAAAUAAAUCCCGAAAUAAUGAUUUUGA